AUGGCUAAAGUAAGUACAGAGUAUCGUAUUACAUCUUUAAAACAGAAAGAGAGUGCCAAUACUGCACCAGACUGUAACCCAACCACCCGACUGGUGACGAUUUCGGAAACAGUGACGCCUGCUACCACUGUGGUAAGUUUAGGAUGUGUUGACACGGAUACCGGAGCAGACGGCACUCUAACAUGCUCUAUCAUUUCUGGAAACGGAGAGGCUGCUUGGGAGCUUGGUACUUCCUGUGAUUUGAAAACUGUAACGCAGCCAGACUUUGAUUUUGGAACUCGAUCAUACUCGUUGGGCAUUCGAGUUGCUGAUGGAGGGUCCCCGUCAUUAACAAGUGACGUCACAAUAAACAUUGAGGUAUUAUCAGCCAAUGACAAUGUUCCUGUGUUUACGGGUGUGCCAUACACAGUUACGGUCCCUGAAAAUCAGGCAACGAACGUGAUGAUGUUAGGUAUCGCUGUCACAGAUGACGACAUCCUCCUUAUCAACGGAAAUGACGAGGUACAGGGCUACAAAAUAACUAUAACAGGCGGAACAGGGGCCGACAAGUUCUUUAUAGGAGACAUGGCGGGACUCUAUCUAAGAAAGAGUCUGGAUUAUGAAGUGACGCAAUCACAUAACCUCACCAUUGUCGUCACGGAUCAGGGGUUGUUACCACAGCAACAGGCAACCUCAAACAUUCUGGUGACAGUGCAGGACAUAAAUGACAAUACACCAAAAUGUACAAACAGCUAUGUCUUUCUCAGCAUAUCUGAGGACCAAAAAGCCACAUCCGUAUUGACUACACUCACAUGUACCGAUGCGGAUAGUGGAGCCAGCGGAACUUUGACCUAUUCCAUUGUUUCUGGGAAUGCAGCGGGGGCUUUUGAUGUGCAGAAUAAUGCGGGAAAUUAUUAUAGACGAACAUUUGAAUACAAGUUGCGUGCAACGGACGGAGGUACUCCACAACUCUCGAGUGACGUCACAAUAGAUAUUGAAAUCUCGUCAGUUAACGAGAUGACUCCGACAUUCCAUCAAACAACGCCAUCUGUUGACGUGAGCGAAAGUAUGUCAGUUGGGACCCUUCUCUAUCAGCUGACUGUCCAGGAUACUGACAAAAUAGACUCAGCCAAUGCGCAGACAACUGUAUCGUCCAUUCAAGCAUCAGCUGAUUCAUCUAAAUUUUCAAUUAACCCCAGCACGGCUUCAAUGUAUCUCAAAGAACCGCUCGAUUUCGAGGUUGCCCAGACACAUACGAUAACAGUACAGGUGGUGGAUCAAGGAAUUUCACCUCAGAAAAUGUCAACUGCCACGUUGACUGUCAAUGUUCUUAACGCCAAUGACAAAGCACCUGUGUGUUCAGCCAGUUACUUCGCUCUUACAUUAACGGAAUCCACUGCUGUUGACAGUCAGCUCCAGGACAUUAGCUGUAGUGACGUAGACGCUGGUGCGCUGACCUACACCAUUACUGCAGGGAAUGCUCUUGAUAAAUUUAAAAUUGUUGGACAACUGUUAAAACUGAAGAGUCAGAUAGAUGCCGACACAGAGGCCAUUCAAUACAGAUUGAUAACGGAAGUUGCUGAUGCCGGACCUGCGCCUGCGCUUACAACCACAGUGACGAUCGAUGUUUACAUCACGGGUAUCGACGACAAUGUUCCACUGUGGGAAACUCCUACUAAUGGAGCCUACACUGCAACUUUGCCUGAGAAUUCUGCUGCGGGGACAUUUGUACAGAUGAUAAGUGCCACUGAUGCAGACCUAGCCGGAACUUUUGAUGCUGAAGUAACAUACAAAAUCGAGGACGUAAAUUCUCUAUUUGGAAUAGAAUCGAAGUCUGGUAGAAUUUACCUUGCAAGAGAUGGAGUUGACAGGGAGGUCCUAGAUAAUUACGUCAUAAGUGUUUCUGCUCAUUCAUCCAAUCAGAUAGCGUCUAAAAUCCUGGGAACGGUAGCUGUCACAGUGACGGACAUUAACGACAACAGUCCAACUUUCUCCCAGAGCACGUACCAUGUAACAGUUCCUGAAAACACAGCUAUAAACACCGGAAUCAUAACUGUGACUGCGCAAGAUCCGGAUCUGGGUACUAAUGGACAAAUCAGUUAUGCAAUAACAAGUGUGGCUAUGACUUUCCCUGCUGCUACUGAUAACGACGCUGGUGUUGACGGAUCGAUAGUUUACUCACUGACAACUCACACUGAUGCCUUUGCCAUCAAAAGCACCACCAAAGAAAUUGUUCCAAUUCGACCUCUUGACCGUGAGGCCCUAUCUACCUAUGAACUCGUACUUGUGGCUGUUGACCAAGCUAAAGUAAAUAGGAAAACGGGUACAGCCACCAUGACCGUAUCUGUUCAGGAUGUAAACGAAUACCCUCCAGAUUGUGCAAUAAGUGCCGAGGUAACCGGAAGUCCACCAUUUACAAUCGGGUCAAAUAUAUACACAAUGGUAUGUUCAGACCAUGAUGCACCAGGACCGAAUGGUGCUAUUGUUUAUUCUAUAACUGCAGGGAAUACGAACACGGAUUUUCGUGUUGAAACAGACGGCCGUGUGGUCUACAACAAAUUGCCAAGUGAUGUUAAUUAUCAACUAACAAUUGUAGCAUCUGAUUCCGCCGUGACGCCCCUUUCGACCACUGUGUUUCUUCAUAUAACCUUGCAGUCAGAUCCACUGUUCACAAACAUGCCUGGCACUGUGUCCAUUGAUGAAACCUCUCCGCUGGGUGCUUCUGUAUUUGAUGUCUUGGGGAGCUCUGCUUCCGGUUUUAAGUCAUUUUCAAUAAUAAGUGGUAAUGCGGAUAAUAAAUUCAAGAUAAAUUCUUACACAGGGAAUGUAUUUAUAUUUUCUGCUUUAGACAGGGAAACCACUUCUUUGUAUACUCUAAGCAUCAGAAUCACUGAUAUUAAUUUAUCAAAAACAGCUGACAGCACUCUUACAAUUACAGUAUUAGACAAUAAUGAUAAUGCUCCGAAAUUUGGCUCUUCAUUUUACGAAACAUCGGUAGUUGAAAAUAUCGGUGUUGGAACCCUGAUUCAGGACUUAGUGGCAAUAGACAACGACGAAGCUGGUCCCAACAGUGCUGUAACAUACGCUAUUGUCAGUGGAAACGCUGAAAGUAAGUUUGAAAUUGAUACCAGUGGUAAGUUGAAGCUGAAGGCAGCUCUGGAUGCCGAGACGACGACAGUUUACAUGUUAACAGUGACAGCAACAGAUAGCGGGACGCCUCAACUAACAGGAACAACAAUUGUGUUGUUACAAGUAACAAAUUUUAACGAGUUUCAGACAGAGUUUUUGACAACAGGGGGAGCUUACUCUCAUUCUCUUUCUGAGAACACUGCUCUUGGGACGCUUGUAUUUUCUGUCACUGCUCAAGAUCUGGACGUGGGGUCACAAAUCACUUACGCUAUCACAUUGGGGAAUGACAACUCUUUCGCGAUAGACCCUCAAUCUGGAAACAUUUUUCUGACCAAGUUUCUUGAUAGGGAAACAACCCCAACAUAUUCCUUAACGAUUUCCGCCAACAAUGGCCAGGGAGAAGUCAAAGACGCCGUUCUUGCUUUGACUAUUACAGACGUAAACGAUAAUGAUCCAACUUUCUCACAAAAUGUGUAUAGCACACAGGUGAUCGAGAACUAUCCAGUUGGUGGGUCAGUGUUAAAGGUCACAUGUACAGACGCAGACAGUAGCGUAAACAGUGAUGUGACAUUAUCGAUAGUGGCAGGAAACACGGUUAACGCUUUCAGGAUAACUGGAGACGUUAUCGAAGUUAAUUCAGUUUUAGACUACGAAACUAUCAAUAAAUAUGUUUUACUUAUUGAAGGCAAGGAUAAAGGCAUCCCCAGUCGAUCCUCCACUGCCACGGUCGACAUAGAAAUCACACCAGUAUAUCCACAACCGCGAUUUGCUUCUAACGUUCAGACCACUACCAUUCCAGAAAAUACAGUUGUUGGAACAACUGUGUUCGAUUCCGAUGCAACAAUUGGCGGUGCACUAGAGAACAAAGACCUGGCUUACACCAUUACUGCUGGAAAUUCGGAAGGAAAGUUCGCAGUAAAUGAAAAUACUGGGGAAUUGAGUGUGAUUGGAAUUCUGGACAGAGAUACCACUGCGAGCUAUGACGUAACAAUUAGCGCAGUAAACAUUCAGCAGACAACACUGCGAGAUUUGAUCACUGUCACGGUGACGCUAAGUGAUAUCAAUGAUAACAAACCGAUAUUUUCUGUUCCGAAGUAUUCUUUCACAAUCUCGGAAACAAGUUCGAUCAAUACUAUUGUAGGAGUCCUAACAGCUUCCGAUAAAGAUACUGGGGCAAAUUCUGUACUCAGUUUCUCGAUUAUAUCUGGCGAAAACAGCGCUGAUUUUGCCAUUGACCCAUCCACUGGACAACUUCAGGUCAACUCAGUGUUAAAUGCGCCUCUCAGAAGUUAUUAUGCGCUCAUCGUUCAGGCCGCCGAUGGUGGCACUCCCUCCUUGACUAGCAAAGCAGAAGUUGAUAUAACUGUAAUAGACAUUAAUGACAAUUCACCUAUUUUCAGUCCAGCUGUCGUUAGUAUCAAAGUAAAUGAAAUUCUUAACAUCAGUAGUGCUGUAUAUUCUGUGUAUGCAACAGACGCUGACUCUGGGGCAAAUGCUCGACUUACGUACUCUAUUCUGUCUGGAAAUAAUGACCUGCGCUUCUCUGUUGAUCCAAACAAUGGAAAGGUUCUUCUGCGGAAUCUUCUUGAUCGCGAAACAGUAAAUCUCUAUAGUCUUGUUAUCAUAGCUGUUGAUGCUGGGAGUCCAGCAAAAACAGGAAGUUUAACAUUAAGCAUCGAAGUUGUUGAUGCUAACGACAAUUCGCCGUAUUUUAUUGGAGAACCAUAUUCUGUAACUCUUGGACGAGCUGAUCCAGUUGGAACAUACCUGAUAUCAAUUAAUGGUAAUGACACCGACUUGGCAGACAAUGCUGUGGUUGAAUAUUUUAUUGUCAGUGGUGACGUAUCUGACACGUUCUAUUUGAACAAAGACACCGGGCGUGUUACGACAUUAACGUCACUUGUUUCGUCUCCUGAUACAUACUCUCUGGUAAUUCAUGCUAUUGAUAGAGGAGUUCCAAAAAGAACAUCCUCUACUUCUCUGGCAGUACGAAUUGAUCCACCUACCUCGCCAACUAUCAGUGAUUUUUCUUUUACUGUAGACGAAAACGUUCCUAUGGAUACAUCAAUAGGAACAGUACUUCCUGACCCGAUACAUAAUCCUGGAACAACCAUCAUUUACACCAUUUUAUCAGGCAACUACAAUAAUAACCUUAAAAUAGGGCUAAAUAAUGGAGUUGUUAAAGUAGCACGUGCUUUGGAUCACGAGGAGCGAAGCAGUUACUAUCUCACAAUAAAAAUCCAAGAUUCCAUUAACUCUGCACUCGUUUACAACAAAAAUGUACACGUGACAGUAAAUGAUCUUAAUGACAACACACCACUUUUUCAAUCCACAACAAUUACUUUCACUAAUGUCGUUGAGAAUUCCCCAGUUGGGUUAACUAUCGGACAGGUGCCUGCAACAGAUGCUGACAGCGGACUCAAUGGUCAGCUUACAUACGAGAUAGAUCCAUCUGACACAACUGCCUUGUCAGCAUUGAGCAUCACAUCCACUGGACAUUUGACACUCUCAAUCUCUCCGGAUUACGAAUCUUCACCUAGAAUAGCGUUCGUAGUUUACGCUAAAGACCAAGGGACACCUUCUCUCACUGGAACAGUGAAUGUUGUUAUCGACUUGAUUGAUGUUUAUGAUAAUCCACGCUCUGCCUCAGCGAAUAGCGACUCUCCCUUUUAUUCACUAGAAUGUCCCAUUACCGCACAAAAUGGUGACGUCAUAGUAACCAUUAAAGCAACAGAUUUUGGAUACACGGUUGGUGCAACUGACAGCAUUAGAUUUAAGUUGAUUGGUGGUGGCACCGUGUUUGAUGUGGGGGCCACAAACGGAAAUUUAUACGUCAAGGAUCACACUAAGUUGUUUGCAGAAACACGAUAUUUCUUUUCCAUGUCUGUACGAAUCCAGACUUCUAAUAACAAUGUGACGGCCACUUCUGCUUUGUUUCGGGUAGAUACAAUGACCCCCAGAUCACAUAUGGUUAUUCUAACACACAGCAUUUCUAAAACAACCGUUGAAUCACAAAAGUAA